UAUAUCUAUGCGCAAUUCCAUUUGAUGAACGAGAAGCAGUCAGUUACAAGCUUUCGAGCGUGAAGUACGUAUCUCAUUGUCAGAUAAUUUAUCGAGUUAAUAGUGAGCGAUUUCAAUUGUUUCGACGAACAACCUACCAAUCACCAACAUUUUCUUCUUAUAUGACAAAUUUAAAAAAUAGUCAUGAUAGAGCUAUCUACAUUGUUCCUGACUAUUCUUACAGCAGGUAUCUGUUUGUAUUAUUUUGUUCUAAGCAAAUUCUCUCAUUUUGAGCGGCUAAAAGUCCCACAUGUACGACCGAUUCCGUUGCUGGGUAACAUGACGCCCUUUAUAUUUCAACGUGAAUCUUUUGUGGAGCUCAUAUGCAGAGUAUACAAUCUUUUUCCGGAAGCAAAAUAUGUCGGUUUCUACGAUCUUACAAGACCAGUGUACCUGAUUCGCGAUCCAGAAUUGAUCGCCACAAUAGCUAUCAAAAAUUUUGACAACUUUUGUGAUCACCGUAACUUUGUGAGCGACCAGGAGCCAAUGGCCAGUAAAAAUUUAUUCGGUCUGCAGGGCGAUCACUGGCGCGAAAUGCGGAAGCUGCUCAGUCCAGCUUUCACAUCCAGUAAGAUGAAGAUGAUGUUCGGACUCAUAUGCGAAUGUGCCGAGAACUUUACUAAUUCUGUGGUGACACAAUCCGGAAAGAUUGGUAAAACAUAUAAUAUGAAAGACACGCUUUCCAGAUACACCAACGACGUAGUGGCUACAUGCGCUUUCGGCAUUAGUGUGGAUUCGUUUAAAAAUCCAAAUAAUGAAUUCUUCUUACUCGGCAAAAACAACUUUACCUUUGAUGGCCGACUAUCUAUCAUGUUCUUCGUGCAUGCUCACUUCCCGUUGCUCACAAAGCUUCUCAAGUUGAGAAUGUUCAGCGCAAAAAUGGAAAGAUUCUUCAAAGAUGUCGUCAGCAGCACGGUAAAUAUCCGAGAUGAGCAGGGGAUUGUUCGACCAGAUAUGAUUCAACUAAUGAUGGAGACUAGGAAUAAGGACCAAGGACCUAAAUUUGACAUUGAAGAAAUGACUGCUCAGGCGUUCCUUUUUUUCUUUGGUGGAUUUGAUGCUGUGUCGACGGCCGCGUCCUUCCUGGUGCAUCAAGUCGCCACCAAACUUGAUGUUCAGAACAAGCUAAGAAAUGAAAUUGAUCAUGUUCUCAGAGAGACCAAUGGCAAGCCGACUUAUGAAGCUAUCAAUGGUAUGAAGUACUUGGACGCCGUUGUGAAUGAAUCUCUCAGAUUGUAUCCGAUAGCAAGUUUCCUUGAUAGGGUGUGUGUGAAAGAAUUCGAAUUGCCACCGGCGACUUCAGACGGCGAAUCGGUCACGUUGAAGCCCGGAGAUGCUGUAUGGUUUUCAAGUUACGCUUUACAUCGCGACCCCAAAUAUUAUUCGCAGCCGAACAAGUUCGAUCCCGACAGAUUUCUGAACAGCAAUGUGAACAACUCGGUCUACAUACCGUUUGGUGUCGGACCCAGAGUUUGCAUAGGUAACAGAUUUGCUCUACUCCAAUUGAAGAUCAUGUUGUUCUAUCUGCUGUGGCGUUGUGAUGUUGAACCUGAUGCUAAGACCAGAGAUCCCAUAAUACUGGAUAAAAAGGCACAUAUCACAAUGGCGGAAGGAGGUUUCUGGUUGAAGUUGGGAGCAAGAAAAUCGAAAGAUCUUAUAGCACAGUAUUUAUCGAACGAAGUUGAAAACAGAGCUUAAUCAUAUUCAUAAUUCAUAUGCGCAUUUUAACUCUAACAAUAAAAUUAUACUUAGGUUAUUAUUAUAGAGUAGACAUUUUUAUUAUCGAAUGCGCACAAGCUUUUUUUAAUAUAUAAAUAUUUAAUCUAAAGAAAUUAAAGGUACUAAAGAUAAAAAUUUCAAAAAAUUAUUUUGCAUUGAUUUGUUCAUCUCUCCAAUAUUUUAAUAGUCUUACAAUUAGCAUUCUUUUAAUUCCUAAUAGCAUUUAAUUUCUUAAGAAUUUUGAGGAAUUAAAUGACUACCUAUUUUAAGUUAAGAUAUAAAUUGUAAAAUUAUAUAAGUCGCGUCAAAGUGAAUGGAUCAAUUAAUGGAUUAAUCAAUAAUGGUCAAUGGUCAAUGGAUUAAUUAAUAAUUGUCAACUCUUAUCGCUUCGAUUUCUACUUGAAAUAAAUAAAUUGCGCGAAAUAUUUAGUUCCGUAAAUAGCUACCACUUUGAUACGUCAAAAAAUUAAUACGUUUUAAAUAAUAACGUUUUAGAAUUAAUCAUUAACAACGCAUUAAUUAAUUCUUUCAAGUUCAUUUAAUUGUAUGGUGAUAGAUAUAUUGUCAGGUUUUCUCAUCGCAAUAUUUUUCGCAAUAUUAGUUUUAGCGAAUAAAUAAUGUUAAGAGUAUCUUUUAUAUCGCGUUGAAUACCACUCAUUGACAGAAUUUUAAUUAUAAAGCCGGAAAUGCGUGAAAGUCUGUUCUUCUCGGGAGACUUAUCGUUAGAUGUGUAUUUAUAUAUGAAAUUGUGAUUUCUGAAACGCGGAAGUCUAUUUUAUUAUGUUUAUUACAUUUUUUUAUAGUUUUAACCGUGUAAUUUCGAUUUGGAAGGAUCGAGGAAUUAUCAAAGAAAUAAGGAAGGAACAAUCUGUCUAUUUUGAAAAAAAUAUAAAUGUUAAAUAAUUUAUAAAUUA